CCAGUUCUCUUUAGUGUUUGCCAAUGUUGGAGGUGUAACUGGGGUCUGGCCCUGGACAAAGGAAUAGAGCAUGGCUCAAGUGAAAGUACAGACCUCAGCACCCCUGGCUGGUCCUGGCCUCUCCCCCGGAGUCUCCCCGACGGCCAUGGCCAGCCCAGGAUCACUGGGUCUGCAGCCCUCCGUCAACGGCACAGGCCCGGCCCCCACACCCGCCUGCCCUGCUCCUGCAGUCGGAUAUGGGGACGCCCCUGUGUCUGCUUCACCGCCAGGCCCGCCCCAGGAGAACAUGGCAAACCCUAAAGAGAAAACUCCAAUGUGUUUGGUGAAUGAGUUAGCCCGUUUCAAUAGGAUCCAACCACAGUAUAAGCUCCUCAAUGAGAGAGGCCCUGCACAUGCUAAGAUCUUCACAGUGCAGCUGACUCUUGGGGAGCAGGUGUGGGAGGCAGAGGGCACCAGCAUUAAAAAGGCCCAGCACUCCACAGCCGCCAAAGCGCUGGAUGAGAGUGUCCUUCCCAGGCCAGCACCCCGCUCCCCCAAAGUUGACAUCAACAGCAACCCAGGCAGUAUAACACCCACAGUGGAGCUGAAUGGUCUGGCCAUGAAGAGAGGGGAGCCAGCCAUCUACAGGCCUUUGGAUCCCAAACCCAUGCCUAACUACAGAGCUAACUAUAACUUCAGAGGGAUGUUCAACCAAAGGUACCAUUAUCCUGUUCCUAAGAUCUUCUAUGUGCAGCUGUCUGUGGGGAGUCAUGAGUUUAUUGGCGAGGGGCGCACCCGCCAAGCAGCCAGACACAAUGCUGCUUUGAAGGCCCUGCAAGCCCUUCGCAAUGAACCAAUUCCCGAACGGCCACCACAGAGUCCAGAGGAAAAAGAGGAGCCUGAGGAAGGCACUGAUGCUAGCAAAUCAGAGAUCAGCCUGGUCUAUGAAAUUGCCCUCAAGAGGAACUUGUCUGUUAACUUUGAGGUGUUAAAGGAAAGUGGCCCCCCACACAUGAAAAGCUUCCUGACCCGAGUCACGGUAGGUGAGUUCUCUGCUGAGGGCGAGGGCAACAGCAAGAAGCUGUCCAAGAAGCGUGCUGCUCUGUCCAUCCUGCAGGACCUGAAGAAGCUGCCCUUCAUCCCCACUGUGGAGAAACCCAAGACACACUACAAAAAACGUACCAAGACCAUCCUCAAGACGGGACCAGACUAUGGCCAGGGCAUGAACCCUAUCAGCCGUCUGGCCCAGAUCCAGCAGGCCAAGAAGGAGAAAGAGCCCGAGUACUUGUUGCUUUCAGAGAGGGGGAUGCCCCGACGCCGGGAGUUCAUCAUGCAGACCUCCAUUACCAGUGCUGCCAGUAUGCUCAUAUGCAUGCUAAAUAAUUCAGCUGUAACAAGAUUAAGAAGCCUACAUACGGUGAAGGUGAAUAACGAGGUUGCCACGGGAACAGGACCCAACAAGAAGGUGGCCAAGCGGAACGCAGCUGAGGCGAUGCUGCUGCAGCUGGGAUACAAGGCCUCCACAGUCCCUCAGAGUCCCAUCGAGAUGGACAACAAAGGCUGGAACGGACAAAAGGCGUCUUUUACUGAAGCGACAAAUAACACCCAGAAGGGCCUGCUCCACCUCAGCCCCGACGUCUACCAGGAGAUGGAGGCCAGCAGGAAGCAGGGGGGCAACGCUCCGGGCCCCGGCGGCAACAGCGGCUCUGUCAACUACAUGACAUCCAAAGACAUGGGGCCCUGCUCUGCCCCACUGCCCCCAGGACACCCUCCAUAUUACAGCGGCUCAGCCUCCUCACCCAGUCCAACUGCCACCAUGGCCAGGGAGCUGCUGCUAAACGGUCAGUCACCCACAGCCGACGCCUCCCUGCCCAUGAAGGGGAAGAACUCUGCCCUUGCCUGCGGCGUCUCAGUGCAACCCGCACAGCAGCUGGACUACCUGGCUCGCAUCCAGGGCUUCCAGGUGCAGUACAGUGAUGCACAGAGUGGUAAGGAUUUUGUGACCUAUCUGACCCUCUCCCCUGUGCAAAUGACUUUCCAUGGCACCGGGAGCACCCUCCAAGCCAGCCAUGACCAGGCUGCUCUAAGUGCCUUGAAACAGCUGUCGGAGCAGGGACUGGACCCGGUGGAUGGCCCCAUUAAGAGCACCGAAGCAUGUGGGAGGGAGGAUGGACAUUAAACAGACUAACUCAGGCACCACCACUCAGGUCUGCAAGGAUUCAAAGGCUGUCGUCAAGGAGCUGACAACCCCAAACCCCUCCUUCGGCAUACACAAACCUGACAAACCCCCCCCCCCCCCCCCCCCCCCUUUCCUUCCCACCUUUCACCCUGAUCCCCCAUAACCUACAACCCACAGUGUCCCCACAAACCCCAAACCAACCCCCCCUCCCACCCCCACCCCACGAUCGCCACUGUAUCCUGCAAAACCUGUCAACAUGCAAUAGGGUGGAUGUGCACCGAGAAAUGACCGACUAAAACACCAUUACCUGAGUCUAUGUGAAGACAACGCUAUCUUAACACGUUUAUUGAUGAUUUCAAAUUUAGAGGUCAAAACAUAAAUAAAUGAAUAAAUACAAACUAAUGAGAUAAAUGCAUGGUACUGUAUGAAAUCAAGGGAAAUCCAAAGUGAUACACUGCAUAGACAAUUUCCCCUUUGGAUACAUGUCUGUUGGUAUGGUUAAAACAAAUAUGUACAUCAUGCCAUUGAAAUACAAAAGAAACAUUUUAGGGGAGAAACCAACUUGCGUACAGUAGCUUAUUUUUUCGGGGGUAUUAUGUUUCCGUUUGUUUUAUUUUCUUUUGUUAUUUUAUUAAUCUAACAAUGCUUGAGUACUGUAUUUAAAAUUAACCAAUGCCAGUGCUGUGAAAGUUGUAGUUGUUGUCUUCAUAUAUAGUCACCCAGCUUACCUUGUAUGCUGACAUAAAAAAAAAAAAAGAGUUCAUCUAUCUAUAUGGAUGUGUAUGACUUGCAAGAGUAUCAUAUUCCGAAAAAUAACACAGAAAAGUUUUUUUCAUGUGGACAAAAAGGACAAAACUGGUGUUAGCAGUAAUCAGUAGAAGUGUGACCACCCAGGAGUGAAGGUUGGACCAACCUUUGCUUCCUGAAGGGUCUACCUGUCCCGUUUUAACAUGUUCCCACACUGGCAUAGCAUCACUGGAGCAACGCAUGACCAGCAGCAGCGGAGGCAAAAGGGGCCACCACAGUUGUGCUUUUUAACCCGGAAAAAGAGGCCAGUUAUAUUAAACAGUGGCUAUUUUUUGAGCACAAUUUCUGCCAGUUAACUUGUAGAAUCCGCCCUCCAGAGAGUUUUGAAUGGGCGUCAUGCCGACUGCAUGUCCUCCAGUGAAUGAAAUGUCCUCUCCAUUCCAGUGAUUUUGUGUCAGUGGAUUGCCCCCCCCCCCUCCCCCCAAACCCCACCACCACAGUUUUGUCGAUCACAUCUACACCCAUUGUGUGUGUUGUAUUGACCCGCCAAGGCAUCAACUGGGUGCUUUUAAUGCCUGCAUUCUGGAGUGCUUCUUUGGAGUGAAGAGAGCCUGCCUCUGAUUUUGCAGACUCCCUCCCCUAAAGACCACUUUGAAUCACUUGUUCACUGACAUUGAGGAUGUCUUCCUCAUUGCUGUGAGUGCAAUGUGUAAUAAGGCAGUUUCUGUUACUGAAAUGCAGUAAAAACACCUCAGUUCAUGUGGAAAAAAAA